CAGAAAACAGCUGAUAACGUUGUUGUUUUGAGAGGAUCUCCAGAGCAAAACACGUCUAAAUGGCUGAAAAGUCAGGUUUCGCUCAGCAUUCGGCACCUCCGCCAUAUACGGAACAAGGGCAUGCUCAUGUAGGGCCCAAGCCACAAUAUGGACCUCAACCAACUGGCAGUUAUGGUCAACCCAUGAACAACACCACAUGGGCACAUCCUUCGUACCAAGCACAGUUCCAGCAACAACAGAUGGUUACCAGCAAUGUUAUUGUUACACAGCAACCUGGACUUCAGCCUGUAAUCAUGGCACCCCCUCCAGAGGACAACAUGGUCAGAGCUAUAAUCGCCACAUUUUUCUGCUUCUGGCCUAUUGGAAUGUUUGCAAUAUGGAAAGCUAUGGAGUCCAAAUCUGCCUACAACCGGGGAGACUUGGCCAUGGCACAUGCUAAUGCUAAUUCAGCCAGACAACUGGCCAAUGUGGCAAUCGGGAUCGGCGCUGGGUGCAUCUUCGCCGUCAUCGUCUAUAUCAUUGUCUUAUACUCAAUCAUAUUGUAAGCCCUCUGCGAUACGACCGAUCAAUCCAUGAUGUUUUAUCACUUGUGCUAUGUACUUGUAACCAGGAAAAAUGUUAUUCGGCACAAUCUUUAUCCCUAUGACUAUGACAUAUUGCUAUUUCUUGGGAAGAUCAAACCAUGGUGGACAAAAUAUCCUCUAGGAUCUUACGUUACUACUAUUCAUCUUCGAGUAAUUCAAGGAUGUGGCUUGAAAUUCAAUGGUAAACUGAUUGACAAGUAUUCUCAAAUUCAUCAAGAUCGCCAUGACAUCACUGAAGUGACUGUCCACUAAGAGGUUAGUCUCUACUAUCAUCAAGAUCGCCAUUACACCAGUGAAGUGACUGUCCACUACAAAUGUACUCUCUACUAUCAUCAAGAUCGCCAUGACACCAGUGAAGUGACUGUCCACUACAAAUGUACUCUCUACUAUCAUCAAGAUCGCCAUGACACCAGUGAAGUGACUGUCCACUACAAAGUUAGUCUCUACUAUCAUCAAGAUCGCCAUGACACCAGUGAAGUGACUGUCCACUACAAAGUUAGUCUCUACUAUCAUCAAGAUCGCCAUGACACCAGUGAAGUGACUGUCCACUACAAAUGUACUCUCUACUAUCAUCAAGAUCGACAUGACACCAGUGAAGUGACUGUCCACUACAAAGUUAGUCUCUACUAUCAUCAAGAUCGCCAUGACACCAGUGAAGUGACUGUCCACUACAAAUGUACUCUCUACUAUCAUCAAGAUCGCCAUGACACCAGUGAAGUGACUGUCCACUACAAAGUUAGUCUCUACUAUCAUCAAGAUCGCCAUGACACCAGUGAAGUGACUGACUACUACAAAUGUACUCUCUACUAUAAAAAAAAAUCGCCAUGACACCAGUGAAGUGACUGACCACUACAAAUAUACUCUCUAGUAUCAUAAACCGGACAAAAAACAAGUUUACAUCAAACGUUUGGACAUCGACAGAUUCAUUUGUCCUGAAUAAACAAAUUUUAUCUCUCUAA